AUGCAAUUGCGGACGCAUCUCGUUGGUAUUGCGUUGGCGGUUCUUUGUGCCUCAAAGAGAGCACUGAUCGUGGCGGCUGUGCGGUCCAUCUCGAAUGCAAGCUCUGAUAGGGCGGACUUUUCAGACGAUGCUUUACGUGCACCUGCAUGUUACAGCACCACCGAAACGAGCGAUUCCCUUCGCUUUGGCUUUCAUUCCGUCAUUUUGGACGAGCCAGACUUCAGUUUCUUGCGUUCACGUGAAUUCUUCAUGGGAACUUCAUCCAGCUGCGAGCCGUGGUUGGGUGCGACUCCUACCGAGGUGCCAUCCUCAGUGGAAGAGAAGCAAGCACUGUUACAGCAGCGGCUCAAAGUGAAGCUGGCCAGGCAGAUCUUGUCUGGCAAAGCACCCGUCAUGAGCGGAGGCAGCAGCGAAACGAACCACAUGGCUGCUGUCGAGCUUCACAUGUACCCUGUCAAUGCCACAGAUCCCACAUCACGAUGGCAGGUGUUGUUAGUGCCUACUGUCAGGGAGGCAUUCCAAACACCAUUGUACUUGUGCAGCCAACCAAGCCAGUCUGACAAGGGGUCGCAGUGCAUUGCCCAAGUCACCUUCGAACCUUUGCCGUUCCGAGUGAGUGCGUUGAUCAGCCGCUUCUGGUCUUCUAUCGCGCCAGUUUGGCUGUCACAACGGGACCACAAGCUGGAUGAACUGGAUCGUUCUCGACUGACUCCCAUGCAACUCGUGUGGCUGUUGGAGGGGCUUUUAUUGCUUUCUGCAAUGGUCAUGGUCACCAGUGGCUUGUGUUUGGCACGUGUGGCAUACUUGGGCCUCGGUGAAGAAGCUGUCCUUGGCACUUCACAAAGUACCAUGCAAAGCGUGGCCAAACCAGGGACAUUCUUGCUGACCAGGCACGCCUAUCUGUACGAAGACGCGAAUGGUCAAGUCAAGGUCAGAGAUCCACUCGAUGCAGGGACUCAUGUAAUGGUUCUCGAGAUUCACAAGUGCCAUGCAGUUUUCUCUUGGAGUGCCUUGAUGACACGCAGCUUCCGGAGCAUCCACCGCAUCCUUAUGGGCAGCACCUAUGAAGAGGUUUGGGGCCGCCUGGAUGGUGGCUGGAUCUUGCUUCAUGAGGAGGGAAGAGACUUUGCAAGGCAAGUGGUCGAUGCGCAAGAGACGGCCAUGCUUCGGGCUCAUCAGGCUCUCAUGCCUUCGCACUUGGUCUUCCUCCGGCGCAAUUUCGUGCUGUUAUCUGCAUAUGUGACGGCACAGUGCAUCUUGCUGGAGAAGCUCACUCCAAUGUACGAGAUGCAUUACUUCUUCUUACUUGCUUCCAGCAUGUGUGGAAUUUAUCUGGCAGUCCUCUGGCAACAAGGAGACACGUUUCAAAUGGCCCUUGAGUACGAGGAGGUCCUCCAAAGCAGCAGCCCUCAGCUCUUGGAGAUUUCGCGGAUGAGCAUUCCCAUUGUCACUGUCUUUGCACUCCUGUCCUUGUUUGUGACUGCAGCGUUGCUGGCUGAGAUGCCUUUCUCUUCGAAUCCGCCUUUGUCUUUCCUCCUCCUUUUGGCGAACAUGGCAUUGCAAGCCAAGGGCAUGUACGAGGCCACGGCUGGACGGAGCAAGUGGCGGAAGCCUCGCCUACAGAACGGAGAGGUCUACCCGAUGACUGUGCAACAGACGCCCAAAACCACAGAGCGGCCACGUGAGCUUUCAAGCGCAAGGGGGAAACAGAGCAUGAUGGCUCGGCACCUCACAAGAAUUCUUGCAGCCAUGGCGGUGUGUCUGGCGGCGCGUUCUGGGAAGGACGUCUUGCACAUACGGGGAGAGCUGAUCGACUACGGGUUCAAUCGUGGGCAUUUGACUUAUCCGGCCUGCAGCCAGGCUUAUCACAACACAUUGCUGCUGGACACCAACGUCGAUUCCAUUACCAUGGAGUUGACCCCGGGCGAGUACACCCACAGCAUCAUGAUGAAGUUCGACAGCCCACACACCGGCGAGGGUGAGUUCCAAUCAAUUCCGCUGAAUCGGUCAACACAGAUUCAGCUACCCUUGCCGCCGAGCCCACUAUACUCCAGGGUGAUGCUACUUGCACUUGGAGCUUAUGCGAAGACGACCUACGUCAUUCAUGUUCUUCGAACGGUUGAGGCCAUUGAGCUCUCCCUGCAGAGCUCAUUCAACACCACUCAGUAUCCGGAGCUCAAGAAUCCCGUUUUUUCUGAGCACCGACGCCUUCAGUAUCAGCGGCACCAUCGUCAAUGGUAUGUGCCCGAUCUCGACUUGGCUUCAAACUCCACCCUCCGGGUGAACAUGACCUCCGCAGUGCUGGCUCCCCUAACAGGUGAUGUUGCCGACGUGCCGCAGAUUGGAAACAGAUGUGGCUGCCAGCCACAAGAAGAAGGCCUUGGAAGUGCUUGCGUCUUCGAGCAGGAGUUCCACAUAAACUCGAAUCCACUGUGCGUGUUCCAGCUGAAGGUGCUCAGAAAAUUGGAGCCUCGCACGGAUGUUGCAGGGGUUGCUGGCAAGGGAAAUGGUUUGCUCGGGUGGUUCCAUGAUGUGACCUUCAGUGGGAAGUCGGUGAUGCUGUCAAGCCAAGCGUUCACGGCCAGUACGCCUGGACACAACAGUUUAGUGAACAGCUUCCAGCUAUCAACGCCCAUGCAGGCACUGACAGAUGGACUGGAGCUUCUGAUUGCCACCACUCAGGAUCCAACCAGCACGGAGAUCCUUGCGCUGCCUUUACAGGUAAUAUCUCACGCACCACCCCCCCAAGUUUAUCUCACACCAGAGUUGCAAAAGACCAACAUCCUGCUGCCAGCCUUCAUCGCUACUGAGAGACGUGCCCUUCAUGCUCUCUGUGGGCUGAAAAGCGAUAUCAGCCAAGUCCACGGAAACGUGUCUGAUGAGCGCUUUGCUGUCCAUGAGCAGGUCACCCAGAGGUUGAGGGGCUGUGGUGGUAGCGAUGUAGUCAGGAAGGAGUUCCGCACAUAUCGUAUAAGCUCGCCGGCUUGCGGGCAAUGGUGCGAGUACUAUCGGCCAUGGGAAGAAGCCUUUGAUGUAGCGGUUGUGUUUUCUGUGCGGGAGUGCCUCACACAAGCAGUGAACCUGAGGGAUGAAGAUGCAAUCGAAAACAUCAAUGCGAUGGCAUUUGAGUCGAUUGCAGCAUGCUACAAUGAAGGUUGGCUGGCAAAGGCCGCUCAACACAACUUUACAGCUGGAAUGAAGGCACUCCUCAAGGAAAGGGCAGAUCCAAAUGGUGAUGCUGCGAACCAGACCGCUUUGCAGGCUGCCGCAGUCAGCAACAAUGAGGAAGCCAUGCGCAUCUUGCUUGAGAGCGGGGCCACUGUGGAAAAGAAAACGGAAGAACAGGGCACUGCUCUCACGGCAGCUGCACGCAACUGCCAGCUGGAUGCCAUGAAGUUCCUGCUGAGUAACAACAGAAGCAAUGCAAGUGCAAGCGGUGCCUCCGGGGAGUGCAAGGACUCGCCUCUUUUUGUGACAGUUACUCAGUACGCCAAAGAAGCUGCACCUUGUCAGAGUGACCCGCAACAGAACGCAGGGCCACCGCCUGAACACAAAGGAGGCAAGCUGCGAUCCAUGGUCCAGGUCUUGCAACGCCAUGGUGCGAGCUUAAGCCAAGCUUGUGCAGACCGAGCGCUGGCAGAAGUCAUUGGAAGUUUGGCGGACGUGGAGGUGGUUUUGGAGGCCAUGCCAAAUCUCCCACUGCGAACAGGACACGCUGGACUCCUCAAAAGUCUUUGGGGGAAGCUUACGGAAGCGCAAUUAUUGCCUGAAGAUUUCGAGGCCAUUGCACGAUUGCUCAACAAGACUGCUGGUGUGGACAUUAAUGACAAGUCGGCUUGUCUCCUUCCCAAAGCUGCGCGCCUUUGUGAUGUCGACCUGGUUCAGAGGCUGCUGAAGCUCGGCGGAGAUCCCUCUCUCAUAUGUGGGCCCCGCAACAAAAGGAUGAAUGCCAGUCAGGCUGUCCAAAUGACGGGAAAGUGUGCAAAGAGCUCGGAUCCAGGUGCUCAGAAAGAGAUCCUGAAGCUGCUGCACGUCCCAGAGCAUCCGAACACGAGAGCAGCAUAG